UGCCCAGGCCACUGCCACCCACCCGCAGGCCCUGGGUCCCCUCGCCGACUUCAGGAUGGCCAGCUGGUUCCCUUCAGGGGUGGCCGCCCCCGCCUCCCGCCCCCACCCCGGGGGCUGUAACCCGAGCCGGCGCGGCGCCUCUCCCAGCGGAUCCUCUGGCUGUGGCAGGUCCCGCAGCCCACGCUCCCCGAGCCCCGACAGCGAGUCCGCAGGCGUCAUGGGCCGCGGGGCCUCCGUCCCCCGGGCGGCAUCGGGGAUCCACGCACAGGCCGGCUGGCUGGGGGCCGUGCUGGGCACUCUGUGCCUGCUGCUGGCGCUCGUGCUGCUUGUCCGGCUAGGGGCCCCAGCAGCCCGGCCCGCCACGAGCGCAGGGCAGGGAGACGCCGCGCCGCACCCCGCGAGGGUCCUCCCCACCCUGGGCCCCAGUCCGCUGCCCCCUCACGCGCCCCGCAGACGCCGCUACACGCUGACCCCGGCCAGGCUGCGUUGGGACCACUUCAACCUCACCUACAGGAUCCUCUCGUUCCCGCGGAACCUGCUGAGCCCCAGCGAGACCCGGCGGGGCCUGGCCGCCGCCUUCCGCAUGUGGAGUGACGUGUCCCCUUUCAGCUUCCGAGAGGUGGCCCCCGAGCAGCCCAGCGACCUGCGAAUAGGCUUCUACCCGGUCAACCACACCGACUGCCUGGAGUCGGCGCUACACCACUGCUUCGACGGCCCCACGGGCGAGCUGGCCCACGCCUUCUUCCCCCCGCACGGCGGCAUCCACUUUGACGACAGCGAGUACUGGGUCCUGGGCCCCACGCGCUACAGCUGGAAGAAAGCACGGCCGGGCGCUCAUGCACCUCAACGCCACGCUGCGCGGCUGGAAGGCGCUGUCGCAGGACGAGCUGUGGGGGCUGCACCGGCUCUACGGCUGCCUGGACCGGCUGUUCGUGUGCGCGUCCUGGGCACGGAGGGGCUUUUGCGACGCCCGCCGGAGGCUCAUGAAGAGGCUGUGCCCCAGCAGCUGCGACUUCUGCUACGAGUUCCCCUUUCCCACGGUGGCCGCCACCGCACCGCCCCCCAGGACCAAAACCAGGCUGGUGCCCGAGGGCAGGAACGUGACCUUCCGCUGCGGCCACAAGAUCCUGCACAAGAAAGGCAAAGUGUACUGGUACAAGGACCAGGAGCCCCUGGAGUUCUCCUACCCCGGCUACCUGGCGCUGGGCGAGGCGCACCUGAGCAUCAUCGCCAACGCCAUCAACGAGGGCACGUACACGUGCGUGGUGCGCCGGCGGCAGCGCGUGCUCAGCACCUACUCCUGGCGAGUCCGCGUGCGGAGCUGAGCGCCCUCCCGCGGGGUCUGCUGAUAAAGGGCUUUCUCUCUGACGUCUCCGCACCCUUUCUUGGGAGGGCAAAGGGCGCGGCCAGCCUUGGGCCCCGCGGGGUGGGGCCGUAUCUCCCGUGCCCAGCUUGACGUGGGGAGCGCAGGGCCCGGACAGCCCAGCUUCCUUCCCCCGCAUUCUUGGAGUGAGGAUGUAAUCUGCAGGGACCAAGGGGCCAAGAAGGGCUCUUCCAGCUGGUCCGGGUAAGGCAGGGUGGUGAAGGAAGCCCGAGUGCCAUCGCCUGGGGCAGCCGACUGAGCGCUGGACGGCCUCCAGCCCUCCGGUUUGCUCAGGGGUGAGGCAGGAAGGCUGGCUGGGGUGCGUUAAACUCUGGACUGGGCGUUGGUGACGUGAGCACCUCAGCAUGAGUUGGUGGAGGGGCUGGGGGUGCCUACAGGACUGGCUUGACUGGCGGAGGUGCCCGGCUGUGGCACGCACCCCCUUCUGCCUGAGGGAUGCCCUGGCCAGCCU